AUGUUUUGUCGGAAUCAAACAACGAGAGCCACGGUUGCCCGCGGCUCGGCUCUUGAAAUGGAGAUACGGCGAGGGAAGUUCAGAAAGAGUUUUUACGUCAACACAUCACAGGACAGCGACAUCCAGAAAAAGAUUGACCAUGAGAUCCGGAUGCGCGACGGAGCCUGCAAGCUGCUGGCGGCCUGCUCUCAGCGAGACCAAGCCUUGGAGGCGGCCAAGAGCCUGCAGACAUGCAGCACUCGUAUCAUGGCCUACAUGUCAGAGCUGCAGAAAAUGAAGGAGGCGCAGGUCAUGCAGAAGGUGACGCGGAGGUCGUCUGAUGCGGGGUCCAUGGAUGACAGGCUGCCAUGCAAAGGGAAAGUAGCCAUAUCAGAUCUCCGUAUACCGCUCAUGUGGAAAGACACGGAGUACUUCAAGAACAAAGGAGAGCUCCAUCGCUGUGCAGUGUUUUGCCUGCUGCAGUUAGGAGGCGAGAUCUUCGACACGGACAUGGUGAUAGUUGACCGCACGCUCACGGACAUUUGCUUCGACAACACCAUUGUAUUCAGUGAAGCAGGCCCUGCUUUCGAGCUGCGUUUGGAGCUGUACAGCUGCUGCUCAGAGGACGACUUCUCAGCGGGAAGUACGCCCAGGAAGCUAGCCAGCAAGCUGAGCUCCUCUUUGGGUCGCUCAGCUGGGAAGAAACUGCGAGCGGCUAUGGAGCCUGGCCCGUGCAGCCCAGUCAGUAAUGGGGGAGCAUCUCCUCUUCUUCUGCCGGUUCCCUCUGUACCGGGGCCUAAGUACCACCUGCUGGCUCAUACCACCCUGUCGCUCUCACACGCGCAGGACAAUUUCCGCACGCACGACCUCACCAUUUCAGGCAACGAAGAGUGUUCAUAUUGGCUGCCUCUCUAUGGAAGUGUAUGUUGCCGCCUUGCAGCCCAGCCUCAGUGUAUGACCCAGCAGAUGAUGAGCGGACCUUUGAAGGUGUCGCUGGGAGCCGGACCUCACAAUUGGACUAAAGUGUAUGCGGUCCUGAAAGGAACCAGCCUCUCCUGCUAUCAACGACAAGAAGACGUUCAGGCCAGCGUCGACCCGGCUUUCACCAUCGCCAUUAACAAGGAGACCAGGAUACGUGUGUCGGAGAAGGACGCGCAGGGCAAAGCUCAGAACGUUUGUAUCAGUAACCAGUACGGCGGCGAAGACGUCACACAUACGCUGACUACAGACAGUCGGGAGGAGACGCACAGAUGGAUGGAGGCUUUCUGGCAACACUUUUAUGAUAUGAGCCAGUGGAAGCAGUGCUGUGACGACUUGAUGAAAAUUGAACAGCCGUCACCACGGAAACCGGCCCCCGUCACGCCGAAGCAGGGCUCCCUUUACCACGAAAUGGUUAUUGAGUCCUCAGAGGAGUUCGGCAGCAGCGUUUCGGAGCUGUUGGCUCGGAGAAUGCGAGAGUUGGAGCUGCGCAGCCAGCUGGGCGCCUCUCCCACCUGGAUGUCCCUCUUCGAGGAGGACGCCGGUCAGCGGCCGUGCCACGAUGCCCGUCGCCUCUCCCCGCGGGGCCUCCCGUCCUCAGACGCCAGCCUAACGUCAGACAGCGACCGCAGCGUCAGCCCCUGCUCCCGACACGGCUUCUCGCUGUCCCCGCCCUCCUCCCGCAUGAGGCCGCGCACGCUGUCGCUGGACGCCAAGCUCAGCACGCUGCGGGGGAGGGGCUACGGAGGAACCGCCGCCUUCCGGUGCCCCUGCCGACCUCCCUCUUCAUCGCCGCUGUCCCAGCGGAGCACGCAGACCACGCUGUCCUCCUCCAGCUCCACAUCAACCUCCAGCAGCAGCUCCAGCAACAGCGAGGGUGGCGGGGGACACAGCCCCGAGUCGUCCGAGUGCACCGCCUUCUCGCGACCCUCGCCGGCCAGACGCAGCCUCAGGAACCUCAGGGCCAGACUGGACCCCCGAAACUGGCUCCAAAGUCAGGUGUGA